AUGUCCGAUUGGUUUGGAAGUGUCGUAAAUUCCUUUAGCAAUUUGACUCAGUCGGAGCCAAAGCAAUCCAAGCAAGCAUCAGCCGACAAAGAUGGUUGUCACAUAUAUGCCGUCGUUGUCAUGCGCCACUACGCAGAGAAAGAAGCAUGUAGACUCACAGCGGAAUAUGAUUUUUCACCGCUCCCUAUGUACAUGGCCAAAAUAUCUCGGGAAGUGACCGAUUUGGUAUCAAGGACCACAUCGCAAGAAGCACUUCCAGAUGAAUCGAAAUGUGUGGACAUGGAAAACAACAUGGGAAUGUUCUACGUCAAGGCAACAAGCGAGCCUCCACCAUCCCAAUUGGUUUUUGUGGUUGCCGUAAACAAACAUUGUACAAGAUACCAAGCUCUGCAGUUCCUUCAAGACGCCAUGCAUUUGUAUAAGAUGGAAGCGGACGUCUACCGUGAUAACGUGGGUGAGGCACUGAAGUACCCAGCGUUACGAUCGUUAAUGGCACAGUACAAGGGGAGGCGCGACGUCCUAGUUGACGCACAAUCAAAACUAGAUGAGGUAUUGUAUCACGCAAAUCGUAACCAUAUUUACAGACCAAACAAAUUGUCAUGGACACCUUGGACAAACUAA